CCUGUGAUGCCUUUGGGCAUUUGGGUUCCUCACUGGGCACCAUAAGCCAGCACAGCGUUGUUUUGAGUACAUUAAGUACAGCACAGUAAUACUUUGGGUACACUGAGUACAGCACAGUAUUACUUUGGGUACACUGAGUACAGCACAGUAUUACUUUGGGUACACUGAGUACAGAAUAGUUAUUUUGGCUCUUCUUUGCUUUACUCUUUUAGUGUAUUCUAGACACAGCUGGAUGGCGAGUUGAUCCUAAUCCCAAUCCUGUCGAGCAUGGUCUACAGGCUGCAAUUCUGACCAGGAAUCGCCUUUGACACGCUUGAUAUUAAAACUUUCUGGGACUGGAAAGGACAUACAGCAGGCACUCUGCCAGUGGAACAGAUGUCUUCGGUCGUAGCCCCAGCCAAGUCCGCCAGCACUAUGGGCCCCAAAGAAGUGGAGCUGAUUUUGGUUAAGGAGCAGAACGGGGUGCAGUUCACCAACUCCACCUUGGCUAGUCCUGCCCAGACGCACCCCUCGGGCGAGGAGCGGGAGACGUGGGGCAAGAAGAUCGACUUCCUCCUCUCGGUCAUCGGUUUCGCUGUGGACCUGGCCAAUGUCUGGAGGUUCCCUUAUCUCUGCUACAAGAACGGAGGAGGAGCCUUCCUUGUGCCGUACCUCUUCUUCAUGCUGAUAGCGGGAAUGCCGCUGUUUUACAUGGAGCUGGCGCUGGGGCAGUAUCAUCGCGAAGGAGCUGCAGGUGUUUGGAAGAUCUGCCCCAUAUUUAAAGGUGUGGGGUUCACCGUCAUCCUCAUCUCCUUGUACGUCGGAUUUUACUACAACGUCAUCAUUUCCUGGGCCCUCUUCUACCUGUUCUCCUCCUUCACUGGAGAUCUGCCUUGGGUCCACUGUAACAACACCUGGAACAGCCCCAACUGCUCCGACCUCUGGUCUUUCAACACCACCCUCAAUGACACCCACAAGUCCACCCCGGCAGCUGAAUACUUUGAGCGAGGCAUGUUACACCUGCAGGAGAGUGAGGGCAUCCAUGAGCUGGGACUGCCUCGCUGGCAGCUCACUUCCUGCCUCGCAGUGGUCAUCCUCGUGCUGUACUUCAGCCUCUGGAAGGGGGUCAAGACGUCAGGGAAGGUGGUGUGGAUCACGGCCACCAUGCCUUAUGUGGUCCUGACCGUGCUGCUUCUGCGGGGCGUCACCCUCCCCGGGGCCAUGGAUGGCAUUAAAGCCUACCUCAGUGUAGAUUUCCUCCGGCUCUGCGAGGCUCAGGUCUGGAUAGAAGCUGCCACUCAGAUAUGCUUCUCUUUGGGAGUUGGGUUUGGUGUGCUAAUAGCGUUUUCAAGCUAUAACAAAUUCAGCAACAACUGCUAUAGAGACGCCAUCAUCACCAGCUCCAUUAACUCCUUGACCAGCUUCUUCUCUGGCUUUGUCAUUUUCUCCUACUUGGGGUACAUGUCCCAGAAACACAAUGUGGCUCUGGAGGAAGUAGCAACAGAUGGUCCUGGUCUUGUCUUCAUCAUAUAUCCUGAGGCUAUUGCUACACUACCUGGGUCGUCAGUGUGGGCUGUGAUCUUCUUCAUUAUGCUGCUGACUCUUGGUAUCGACAGUGCUAUGGGCGGCAUGGAGUCAGUCAUCACUGGCCUCAUAGACGAGUUCAGGUUUCUGCAUCGGCACCGGGAGCUCUUCACUCUCCUCAUCGUCAUGUCCACCUUCCUCAUCUCCCUCUUCUGUGUCACCAACGGUGGAAUUUACGUGUUUACUCUGCUGGAUCACUUUGCUGCGGGAACAUCGAUCCUCUUUGGAGUGCUUAUUGAAGCCAUCGGCAUUGCCUGGUUCUACGGGGUGGAUCGCUUCAGUGAUGACAUUCAGGAAAUGAUUGGUCAUAGACCGGGACUCUACUGGAGGAUGUGCUGGAAGUUUGUCAGCCCUUGCUUUCUUUUGUUCAUGGUGGUCGUCAGCUUCGCGACUUUCAACCCGCCGAAUUAUGGGUCGUACGUGUUCCCGAUGUGGGCGAACAUGCUGGGGUGGUGCAUCGCCAUGUCCUCCAUGGCCAUGGUGCCUCUCUACGCCAUUUACAAGUUCUGCACUCUGCCUGGAAGAUUUUGUGAUAAAGUAGCGUAUGGCAUCACUCCUGAGACGGAGCAUCACCUGGUAGAAGCCGGCGAAGUCAGACAGUUCACGCUUCAUCACUGGCUUGUGGUCUGAGUUCUCCGUGGAUGAGGAACCUCGGCUGGAGUUAGAGAACUUAGUCUGUACUUUGAAUCCUGGAAGGACGACUCUGUAAGUGCCAAAAAAGGGUGUUCAAAAAAAUUCUAAUAACAUAUUCUCCGUAAUUUGAUGUGUGCCUGUGCUGUGAGUUUGAUCACAAUGUUUCUGACUUGAGUCAAUAUCAGCCUUGAAUCUGUAAUUGACGACUGUUAUAUUGGGUAAUGAUACCACCAAGUAUUUUACUGUGGCAUGAAGUAAACCUGACUCAAAAGAACCAGAUUGAUGCAAACUGUCAAAGGAAAUUCAUCUAAACACAUUUCUUUUAAAUGAAUGUAUUCAGCAUUUCUUUUAAGACAAAUCUUUUGGGUGUUGACAUGAGUUUUAAAACUAUAUACAUUUAAAAAUGUUGUAUAUGUGUCAUGUGUCCUGUACAUCAGUACUAUUCAUGUGUUUUAUUCCCAUGGCAAAUCAUAUUUUUAUAUAUCUAACAUUACCUGCCUCACAGCUAAAUAUAGUUCUACGUGCUAUGAAUUCAGUUUUAACUUCUGAACUGUUAAUGUUUACAGCCAUAUUUCAGAAUCUUUUAUAACAGUUUUUCAAAAUAACUCUGUGUACAGUGCAGUUGUUCAUCUUAGUGGCCUUAACAGAUUAUUUUAUAGAUAGCUAUGACAGUAAGUCACCAGAGUAAUUAAUUAUACAUUUAUAUAAUGAUUUAUUUUGUUCAGAGUAUCUAUUUAAAAAUAUCGGUAUUAGUAUCAUAUUAACUCAGAGUUAUUUUUGUUAUUUGUGUCUUUCAUAAUAACUUUUUCUGCAACUCGGUUGAACUUUUAUUUGGUGUUUACCGUGUCGGUCAGAAUUGUCAAAGUGUCAAUUAUACAUCACGUCCCUCCCCAUAAAAUUGUACUGUGAUACAGAGUCAUUAUUUUUUUGGUUGACGCUGUUGACAUGACCUGCCUAAGGUUCCUUCAAAGCCUUAGAAAAUGAGUAACACAUCUGGCCGUAGCUUGGCAACUAUCAAUUGACAAUAUAAAUAAUCACUAAUGACUUGUUUUAACAUUAAAUCCCUUUGAUCCUCCAAGCUUUUCAUAACCAAGAUCUAACUGGCUUCUAGGCAGAAUCAUUGAAUCGUUUAGUUUUACUUUAUUUAAUAGAUGGAUGGAUAAAUGUGACCGAUACAUAACCAUCCUGUAUUUAAAUGUUUUUUAUCCAUCCAUCCAUCCAUCCAUCCAUCCAUCCAUCCUUUGUCAGUCUUUUAAUAGUUAUGUUUGUAUAAUGUAUUUAUCGUUGCUGUUUUGUUUUUUAUUUCUUUUUAAACAAUUUUAGAACUGUUACUACCAUGAGCAGAAUAUCAUCUUACAACAACCCUGACACAUAAUUCUCUCUUUGUCAUAAUACAUUGAGAAUCCCGCAUGUCGUUAAUGAGGUUGUAUAUAUGUGUUUUCAUUUUUGACACAAUAAGCUAAAGCUCACAAAGAUGCCGUUAAUGGUAAUAUUACGCUAAUAUAUGACACACGUCUUUGGUUCU